GUCGGCGUCUGGAGCUGCCCGCCCGUCUUUGCCCUCACCUUCCUGCGCGUCCCGGCGUUCCGAAGCCAAACACGAGACAGCGGAGGACUACGGUGCACGCACAUGGACGAGCGCACGGUUCUUUUCGCGCCUGCACGUCACGCGACGGCUCAUAUGUGAGGGGGGGGGGCCGCGCACUUUGAGAUGCGGACAUAAACAGGCGUCUCUCCGGUGACGAGAAGCGCAUGAGAAAACACAGCGUCGUCCGUCCUCUCCGACACCGAGAAGGACUCCUCCCCGCCGCGGCCGUGACACCCCCGGUACGUCGCUGAGAAGGGACAGCGGCGUCGGUUUCCUCGCGACGGACACGACGGAGCGACCGCAGCGGUGCCAUUCGCAUUCCGGGCGCUCGCCCACUAUGUGCACGGCUUCGAAAAGUUGCGUGGAGAACACGGACAUCUGACGUGCGCCACACGGCGUCAUUGGACACAAGGAGCGUCUCUCUCUCUCUUUUCCCCAUCACGCCUCGGACCCGCUAAUCCCCCGCGCUUUGGGUUUGUAGUUAAACGUGCGCCUCAGUUGUCAUUCGAACUGGCACCGGCCGCGCGCAGGAGCUCGCCGCAGACGGAGGACGUUAUCGCGCGACGAGAGACACCGUCCGCUGCGUUGCGCAUUUGCGCUGCGCCGUUUGUACAUUAGAGGGACAGAUUUGCGGCCACUCCGGAACGGAUUUUUUCCGCCUGAUCUGACAUCUUGUUCCAAAUAACGCCUGUGAUUCAUCGGGACUUUCGCCGCCCUGCACCGGAGAGCCUGCGCCGCGACGCCUCGGUUUUCUAACUUUACAUUUCCGUCAGUCGGAACAAGUGUCAUCUCAAGUGGCCUCUUGUAUGGUCACAGCGCCGAUUCCCCCUGCGACUUUCUAUGUUGUGCGCGUUUGUGUUUGUUUGGCACCCGCAAACUGCGCCAGAACGAACGCGGCCGCACGUGAAUGAGCCCCGUCACCUGUCCCGGUUGAAGCAGCCGUAGGACGCGUCUUGACCGACCCACACGCUGACGAGGAAUACGUGCCGAAGUUUUGCCGUAGUGAUGCUGCAAGUGGAAAUGGUCCUCUUUGUCUGCCUGGUGCUGCUGAUGUGUGUUUUUAGCCAGGAGCCCAGCUCCAAAGUGGUGGCUGACCGCUACGCCGUCUUCUGGAACCGGACCAACACCAAGUUCCACCGAGGCGACUACCACAUCGACGUGUGCAUAAACGACUACCUGGACGUCUACUGCCCUCACUAUGAGGACUCGGUGCCUGAGGAGCGGACGGAGCGCUACAUCCUCUACAUGGUCAACUACGACGGCUACAGCACGUGCGACCACACGGCCAAGGGCUUCAAGCGCUGGGAGUGCAACAGGCCGCACUCCCCGAACGGACCGCUCAAGUUCUCCGAGAAGUUCCAGCUCUUCACCCCCUUCUCCCUGGGCUUUGAAUUCAGACCGGGCAGAGAGUAUUACUACAUCUCGUCCACGGCUGAGAACGGGAGGAAAACAUGCCUAAAGCUCAAAGUUUUCGUCCGACCAUCAAACAGCUGUGUGAAAACUAUAGGCGUACAUGACCGCGUUUUUGAUGUAAACGACAAAGUAGACAAUACGUUAGAACCACGAGACGAUACCAGCCAUGAAACAGCUGAGCCUUCCCGAAGCGAGACGAACGCUGCGUCGCACCUGCAGAAGACGAGUCCCCUCGUGGCUCUGUUGCUCAUUUGCCUAGCAGCACUCUUCACUUUAUAGCGCCUCCCUCUGUCCCGGAGGGCAUCUACACCUAGAGUGGCCUGAAUCUGCCUGACGCUGCAGGAUGCGGCGGGAUUUGGGAGUGCAGCGCAUUUGCUUGAUUGGGGGCAUCAGAACAGGCUUCUCAAGGAACCCUCGAUUUUUUUCACAAAUAUUUAAGUGGUCUUUCUCCGUCUGUGAGUGAAAAAAAAUGUUGAUGUUGGAAGUGGGAGAGACAUUUUCCCCCUCUUAAACCUUCAACUAAGAUGCCAAAUCUCGGUUUCUGACACUUAGUGAUUCUUAUUUCCCCGCGACUUUUCACAUCCCUUUAUGACGCAUGUGUCAUCGCAGCACUGACAUUUACCCACAGUCACACACACACACACACACACACACACACACACACACACACACACACACACACACACACACACACACACACACACACACACACACACACACACACACACACACACACACUCAUGUAGACUAUACAGUACACACACUCUCUAACAGCCGAUAGCAGUAGGGUUGUACACAGUAGCAGCAUUACACAGUAGGACGGUGAAGAUUCUAGGUCGUAGAAAUGAAUGUACAUACAAAUAGAUAGUUGUCCCGAGACCUCUCAACAAACCUUUCAGGUAACAUUUGGAUCGGAAGCGUGUGUUUGUGCCCGGAGUUGAACCGAGAGACCCCUACACAGCAUGCACUUUACCCAGCGCUCGCUCAAAGAGGGCGCCUGGGUGUCCGUGCAGCGCUAGAGCUGUGGAAUCGAUGAAUCCAAGGGGCCGCGCUCCCCAUUCCCCUCCUUUGUGCAGACGACCAACGUCCGCUUUCAGAGCAUUUAGUUCACUGUGACUCGGCUGAAGGUUUCGCAGCAGACGCUUCGGGGACUGCUGUUCAGAUUGAGGACGAGUGGCUUUGGAGAGUUGAUCGCACAAUUUCACGCCAACAGUGUGUGUCAUUUCAUGCGGCGUUUACCGAGCUGGGCAGAGAUUGUCGUCUCCGUUCUGUUUGAGUAUUAGUCAAUAACGCAUGAACAUUUGCAUCCACAGCUUGUUUCUCCUCACCAUUUAUUGUUAAAGAUAUUGUUUUUAAAAUGUACCACUAAAUUGGGCUCUGUAGAUUUUUCCAACCCAUCAUUUUCUGUCGCCACACAUUCUCAUUCACACUUCAGACACUGUAAACACUUUGUUUUGCACUGAGAUCCACUUAAUAAGAUCAAGUACUUGCCAUAGGUUUUUUUCACAUUCUUGUGUAGUACAACUCUUCAUUUCUUUCAUGAAAGCAUGGCGUUAGUUAGUUUGUCCUCACAUUCGCUUUAGUGCAGGUGUUUAGCAGUAGUUGAUUACAGGCCUGCUUCGUGCUUGUACAGAAACAAGCUCUGCUGAAGCCCACUUCCGGUCAGAGCCAGGUUUUGGGCACAGGAAAUGGGUGAGCAGCCGCGCGUCCACCUGGUGCUCCUGGUCGCAGCUAAGUGACUCUUUAAUGAGGUUCAAACUGACAGGCAUGAGGACCCCAUGUCGAGGCAGGAGGAGCUAUUUCUGGCAUUAAAUAUAGAUGGCGGAAGGCUUGGGGGGUCUCGGGAGGUGGGUGUAGAUUUCCACCAAGCGCCAUUGACCUUGCAGCUGGAAAGAAGUAGUGAGCGAAGGAGACGGCAGGGAAACGGAGAGGUGGCAAACAGAGAAGGACGUGAGCAGGAGCUGAAGGCAGAGUGACUAGAGUGCCUAACAAAACAAAAUCCAUGCAACACUACUGGAAAAACACCCCAUACACAGCCCAGACACAUUGUUCUGUACCAGUCUCCAAAGGCCCGCACUGUUUUGCUUCGUCUUCAUUUUUGUGGCUUCGUCUUAUUUGUUUUUUUUUUCUCCGGAGGAAAAACUGCCGUUGCCUUUUUUUUUUUCGCGCUAUGGUAACAAUGCUAUUACAGCAGAAUAGCAGCUAAGCUAUGGGGGGGUGGGUUAACAGGAGACAAGGCCAUUUAAUGAAGUACUAAUUUUCAGCAGAGCACCACAGGGAACACUCAGAACGGACGCUUGUCAGCAGAUCAACCCUCGACCAGAAACAGCUUCAAUCGUACUCCUAUAAUUACCAAUACUACUAUUUGUCAUUAUUGCUAUUAUUACCAUGGUUUAUUCUGUACACACCUUAACCUGGGAAAUGAGGAUCAACUUAUAAACUGGAUACUGUGUAUCCUGAGGUAGUCAACCAUAAAACAUUUAGUGUUAGGAUAGUGUCUGUUUUGUACCUUUCUGGAGGACAAAAGAAAAAAAAGAGAUACACAAUUGUUAAAACUGUAUAAUUAUUAUUAUUGUUAUGAUGAUGAUUACGACUAUUAUUAUUAUUAGGAGAACUUCUUGAUGUAAAUAGUGUUUGAUAUUAAAGUAUUAAUUUGGUUCUUAUGUCUUUUCUAAAAAAUGAACGCGGUAUUAUCUCUGGGUUUUGCGGAGUGUGUACUGUCCUCAGACAAAUGCGUCGCGUGCUUUGAUCCUCAGCCUAAUGAAACUCUGAGCUAACAGGAAGGGGGAACCUGCGGGCGCCGUACACACGGGCUGGACUUUGGCCCGCGAGCGGCUCGCGUGUUGCAUAUUUCAGAACCAGUCACCGACCUCCAUCCUCCCGUCACACACGGAUCCUGCCUCGGAAUCACACGUCCGGGACACGCUUCCACUCUGUUGCCUUCAGUGAACUAAAGCAUGUUGGUCGGCCCGAAGACCUGCCGUGGGUGAACUGUUGGCUUUUCAAUAGAAGGAUCUUGCCAGUUUCAUUAUGUGGCAUGCGCAUGAACUUGAUGACAUGUUUAAAAAAAAAUCAAAAAGGUUUUAAAAAGACUUUUCCUUUUGCUCUUAUUUUGUUUUUCCUUUUAUGACGUAUUAGAUUUUCUGAUCACUUCCAUGUGUGUUUUUGCAUCCCCCAUUUGAUUGAUGUCAUUAAAACUGUGUAGUUACAGAGAAUUGUGCAUAGCACAAGCCAUUGUGAAGUUACAGUGGAGGACGGUCAUGUUGUAGUACAAAAGCAGUUUUUAGUUUUCUCUCCUAAGAUCGACUCUGUAUCCAUCAACUGAAUUCAUCCCGUGUAGCUGCAGACUGUCUCCUCUGACUAUUCAUUCUCUUUCCUUUCUCCCAAGCGGAGGCCUUUGGGAGCCUAUACAUCAUUGUGUGGUCGUUUUUGAGUGUGCAAAAAAAAGUGUGAGACCUUUUGAGUUUGUGUGUGUACAUGUCUCAUUUGCUGCUGCUGCAGUGAAUGGGAAGCGGCAACCCUCUUUGGCAACAAGGAGUGUUUCCCAUGCCUUAGCCCUCAGCCUCUGUCCUGGCAGCCACGUCUGCGUGGACGCUUUCUGCCAUUGUGCUUUUUACCCAGAGCGGCUGCUGGCUUCGAAGCAACUACAGCAGGGCCCUUCACUUCUCUCUCUUUCUUUUUUUUUUUCAAACAACAACUACAGACUCACUCCUCCGUGCGGCAGACGUCAGCCCCGGGCACAGUUCAAGGAUCAGUGCACCCCCUACACUGAGGCCAAAACCGUAUUGGUGGGGGGUGAAGCCCACAGUGGAUCCCGGUUCUGUGCUCCCGGGGCCCAGGCUGUGUUCAUCAGCUCCCCCUGUGCUGAUGAGCCACGUGUUCAUGUCUGUCUUGUUCUAUUCUCCUUGUGCUUGUAUGUAUAACCUGCACCACACCACACCACGCUGUCCUUCCUCCCUCACCUUUGACCCCUGCUCCCACUUUGCCAUCAGUUGGGGGAUUCUUUCCAACCUGCUCUUUUACAGUAUAUAAACAACAAAAAACUUUGACAAAAAAUGAUCUGUAUUUGUAUAUACACGUGUCUGAGCAACUAUGAGUAAUACGAUUAAACAGAACUACAUUGCUCUGA